CUUUCAUUUUUCCAAACUAGAACCACCUACCACACAGGGUCGAAUAGAUGAUAUAAAGAAGUCGUCAUUUGCCAAAGCUACUAACGACUUUUAUUUCCGCGGACAGUCGAACUGUAGAAUUACAUCUGUUCGCAGAGCAACUUGUUGUGGAAGAUAGCUCUGGCCGCACACGACGUCAGCGUAUCCCGGAUCUAGCGUGACCGGGUGGACGAAUCUAUUGGACAGCUUCUUAAAUCAGGGUUGCCGGAAAUCCUGUACGUCGUACCCUUCGAACAAAGCCGAGCCCCGUGUCCUACUUCUACUGCAGGGCGGUGCGCGCAUCCAGCCCCUCAACAUCUUCUCCUGAACAACUUCGGAACUUUUCGUGUCCUCCACGCCGGGCGAAAUGGCGGAGCGGCCUCCCAACGGGGAAGAACAGCACAGUUCUGGACGCGAGUUGUCCGGCUCCGCGGCAGCCCGACUGUUUCUGAAAGUCCACAAACGACAGCAACUCAAGGACGCGGAGACCGCGGCGCGGGCGAGUGGAACAGCAGCGGCGGAUGGGGAAUGCGUUGUCGCUGCAAGAAGUUGCUUUGGAACUGCAUCGCCCGACAUCAAUCCACUGGGCAAGUCGCAUGAGGAGCAAGACCAGUCCGUCAUGUUUCACCAGCAAGAACAGUUGCAAACGGAACUGCAGUACAACCCGCCGUUGCGGCGGGAAAACGCUUCGUCGAAGACCAGCUCGUCCGGGAGCCGCGGCGAUACCCUGAGCACAGGAACAGCGCAAGAGAAUACCGGCCCGUCCAACAGUAAGGAAAACAGUACCUCCGAAGAUACUGCUGGCGGGACUGAUGCUCUUGUCCUCGACGAAGGCCAUUUUCAAGUGGCAAACGUUCCGAGAAACGACCAGACGGCGCCCUUGCUACGGUUGCACGCUGCUGGAGCUCCUGCUGGAUCCGAGCGGGUUCGCUCCGAGCUCCUGCUGGACCACAAGUUUACUCCCUCCUCCUCAUCUUCCUCUUCAUCGAGCGGUGUUCGCGGAGGCGGCGUGGAGGUAUCAUGUGUCGCUGGCUGCGAAGUAUCAAAUGCAAAUAUGACUGGGUCUGGAAACUUGUAAUGCUGGGUUGGGAAUAGCAAUAGAAAUAGUGAAUGCUAGCUCUGUAAUGCACAGCCAAGCGUGAGAAAUAUGAAUACAUGCGCUGCUUAGUGUUGCGUUUUUCGCAAGACAAGCUGUGUUUUUGCAUGACAAGCACAAGGGUCUCUUCUUGGACACGCAUCACAAACUGUUCAGUCAUGCCAAACAAGCACGACAAACCUUGGAGCCUUCCAGAUCCAGACGUAUUUGCAUUUGAUACGAAGUCGUUCCGGAGGGGGAUCCUGGUCUACUCCCGGUUAGCAACGAGCUGCCACCAAUACGGGUCGUGGAGAAGCGGCACUCGCAACAGCCGGCAAGCGGCAGCAAAUCCGCAAUGCAGCAGGAUUAUGGCGAUGAUAAGGCGGCCGCGGCUUCGGGCGGGUUUUUUCCAGCACAACUCGCGGAAGGCAACAAGUUUUGGCAGCAAAAUUCGUCCACGCCGAGAUUUUCGGCGCUUGCGGGAAAGCCGUCUACGGACGCACAGAACGAUCCCCAGGUCAUGGGCAUACGCGAGUUUAUCGGCGAAGUCGACAACGAUAGCGAGGGGGGAAAGGAUGGUAUAGCGUUACUGGGUUUUUUUGAUGAUAACAAUCACUGUUGUUGUAAAAGUUCGAUGCUUGUGGAAGUGAAGAUGCCGAGACCUCUUGUCUUCACUCACCAUCGCAAGCUGAAGUGGCGCUUCGCGUUUGGUCAUGCGGAAUUCGUUCUGUGCGCUGAGUGCCCAGUUUGUAAUGCUGAUAGUUAGCGACUCAAAAAUGAGUCUAUCUGGACUCGUUUUUGCAGUGUCCGCAUUAUGUGCAGUUUGUAAUGCUGACACGGACUCAAAAAAACGAAUUCGAGUCGCGUUGGACUCGUGUCUGCGUAGGUUGGAAGUUGUGUCGCACUCACUUUUGACUUGCUGUACCAAUGGAGCGAGUUGAAGGGGCAACAUGAUCUCGCACUUGAUCACAUAUCACAAUCAUGGUUCUCAGGUUCCGCUGUAGUUGCCCUUGCUCAGGAACACCAGCGGCCGGCUUUGCCCCCAAGCGGUCCAGAGUGCUACCCGCCGCAAAAUGCGCUGCAGCAUAACGGAAUCGACGAACAGCAGAGCAGUGGCAGCAGUAGCAUACCGACGCUAUCGCGUCGCCCCGCUUCGGUACCUCGUCAAAACAUGCCAACUCCCUGCAGCGCCAUGCGUACUGUAUUUGAGCUAGAGCUUCGCUGUGUGAUGAGAAAUCUACUUCGAGCGCCGGCAUGAUGAUUUUGUCUCGUUGCGCGGGCGCCCGUUCUCGCAUCACUAGUUAGCUUCACUAUGGGACGACAUCAAUGUUCAGACUUUAGUUAUGGUGUAUGGGGGAGGAAUGACGAUUUUUUUUUCUGAUGCGCCGACUCGUCGUCGCGGCAGGACCACAAUAAUCCCCAGGGACACGGCGACGACGACCCCAUUUUUCCUCCAGGCUUGGGUUGGACGCAACGCAAAAAUCUUGUGGCUCUGCAGGUGAGAUGAACUGUUUGGCUUUAACUUUAUUUAUCAGUACAACAGAAUAAAUGAUUGCGAUGAAGCGAGAUGUAAAUGUCUUUGUCUCCUUUUGUACUUGUAUGAUCAUGGGUGCAGGUGCAGCCUGGAUGACAACACCAAAACCAAAAGUUGCCGGUGAAGAUGCGCGUUUCAGAAUUACUUGUCGAUCCAAAAUAAAUUGAGGUGAACAACGGUCUUCGAGCUCCUGAGGUGCCUUUGCCGAACGUGCCGGCCGUUGUUGCUAAUGCUGCUCUACUGCCUGAGCCUGUCGCCGCCGGGGCCGCACCGGCACCUGCGCCGGCCAUGCCAGAUCGGAACGUGCGUCCCGUACCGCCCCAGGAUUCAUUUGCUCGUCCCCUGAACUACCAGCUGCCUAGCAACCACCCGCUGCGGCAGAACCACCAGUGUCCACCGCCGGGGGCCCACCAGCCGAUGCCGAUGGUCGGAGACGGUGGGACGUUGAACAACGCGGGUGGAGUUGUUCCCGCAGUCGUCGUCCAGGAGAACAACGGGCAGAACGGUAUGAACUGCAUAAUAUCUUCCCUGGAUGUCUGGAAGAUUGCAAGUUUUGUCAUGCUAGUCUGGCAUGACUCUGAACUCUGUAUUGCAUGCCGGCGAACUAAUAGAAGUCUCUUGUCUGUCAUGCAAAAACGCGGUUCUUAUUGUGAUGCGGAGUACGCAACUCUUAGCCACGGAAAAACUUGUCAUGCUGGGGAGCGCAUUACGGUGUGCUCACUAUUCCCUUUUUUGCAUCAGAAGUUUCUAGACAUCCAGGGAUAUUUGCAAUGCAUAAACGUGGUGGAAGAUCAUGAACAGGUACAGCAUGAAGGACUUCCUCCCGGUCCUGUGCAGCCAAACCUCCCAUCCCGUCCGUUUGACAAGAUCCGCGCUUUGCUCCACGAUGAUGCUGCGCCGCGGAACCACGGGGGGCUCGACGGGGUUCUUGAUGCAAAUCGUGCACCUGCUGCAGCGGCUCCUAUCCCCAAUGCCAUCGCGCCGGCUGCCGGCCGCGACCACAGAGUAUCAAAUGCAAAUAUGUCUCGGUCUGGAUGUAUCCAUGGAUUUUUCAUGCUAGAUUGGUAUGACACGAAGCUUUGUAUUGCGUGGCUACGAAGUACAGCUCCUCUGGUCGCCUUUUUCAUGCGGAAUACGGAACACAGAACCACGGAGAAAUCUGUCAUGCUUGGUGCAGCAUUCCUCCAGGGAGCUUACGACUCACUGACCUGCAUCACAAAUGUCCAGACCCAGCAGACAUAUUUGCAUUUGAUACAGAGUGCUGUGGGAGGACGAUGACGACGCCGCGGACAACUACCCGCGUCCGGAUCGAUACGACGACCUAGAAGACGACAGCAUCCUGCUCCCCGACUACGGACCCGCUGACAUCCGCGUGGGGGCAGUGCUGGCCCGCGGAGGCUUCGGCGUGGUGUACGAGGGGGAGCUUCUGGUGGGUAGUCCGGAUGGUUUACAGCGGCUCUCGCACCUGGAAGGCCAGGAACGCGGCGUAAAGCAGCUCGCGUUGAAGCAGCACGCGGACGACAAGCGGGGCGUAGGACGCUGGUUUCGCGACGAACUGGAGAUCGCGCAGGAGAUCAACCGACUCGGCGGUAAUGCGGCGAUUCUGCGCGCCCACGGAAAGUUUGUCGACGCAGAGGAGAACGCGUACAUUGUGCUGGACCAGUUUCCCACCGGGAACCUCGCGGAACUCAUCGCCACGAAAAGCACCGACGUGUCGAUGGAGCGGCGGAUCUCCAUUUUGCUCCAAAUUGCAGACGCGGUGAUCUUAUGCAUUGCAAAAGGAUCGUACGAGUUAGUAUGAAUUGCAUUACAAAUUCAUAAUUUCGGAGGAACAAAAAUGCUUUUUGUCAUGCUAUUUUAGGUAGGAAAUUGAAUUUGUCAUGCAUAUUGGCAAUGAUAACGAGUGCGAUAUUUUUGCAGAGGAUAAGCAUUCCUGCACACGCACAGCAUAGUGCACCGCGACAUCAAGCCGGAGAACAUUUUGAUGACGAACGAGUGGUCUUUAUUCUGAGCAAAAACGUCCCCACCCCAGAGUCAAGAUGGGAAAUCUGCUAGGCAAAUCAACCAUCUUGGUCUGUUUCGCAUGACAAGUUUGUCCUCGUAUUGCUUUUUUUAAUAAUCCUGUUUAUUUUGAUAGCUAGCCCAGCAGCAUCAGGUUCAGGCAUGCAUAUUUGCAUGACAACUCUGGUCGUGUGGGAAUAUUUUUACUCAGGAUAGUCCCCGCUGCUCGGCGACCUCGGACUGGCGUGCAAGGUGGACGGGACGAACCACCAAUUCGACGAGGGAUUCUGCGGUACGCUCGGCUGGUCAUACGCGGACUACGGCGGUUGGCAACUAUGAUGGUAAAAAUAAAAAAGUCGUGUUUAGUGUGACGCUGUGAUGCAGAGCUGUGUACUCGAACAAUUUUACGAUUUGUUAUGCCAGACACGCAUGAAGUGCUCUUCCUUUUGCUUUUCAUCGUAUAUUUUCUUUCUAUUCUACUAGCUGUGCAUAACGGAGACUGUCAUGCGGAGGAAGUUUGUCAUGCUGGGACUCGACGAAGACAACCACAACUACACUAUACACAACUUUGUUUCCCUUGCAUAGAAGCCCCCCAGGAGCUACUACCUCGACGAAUAUUCCGUCGCGAUGCUGGCGGGGUGGCUCGUAAGUGAAGAAAAACCGCGGGGGAAGCCGCAAACACCGAUUGCGGGAUUCUUGAAGAGGAUCAAACCGGUGGUGGCCUGGGACCCGCUGUUUGCGUCGUUCCUGCUCCGCUCGGCAGAACUCCUCGUCAAGGACCGGCUGACGCUGACGGAGCUGCAGCCGGACCUCGCGCUCCUGAGAGACGGAAUCAACCCCGACGAAGUACACGUCUACCGGCUGCUGCAGAAUGCGGGGCUGCCAUCGGAUACUGUUGAGGACCACCAUCAGAGGGUGAGGUUUUUCAACCAGGUGCUCAACCGCGGCAACAAGCGACAACACGGGGACAACGCCGCAGGGAAGAUCAAGCCGGCGAACGUGAGGAACUAUGCAAGAAAAAUCAUGCGGCGACUGCGGCCCGACGAAGACCGCGAACCGCUGGAGAAUGACGCGCAGGCAGAGUAA